AUGGGUGAACCUGUAUCUAAAUCUGCGUUUGCAGCCUUCGCUUUUUAUGUCGGUGAUAAAUCUUGCUGUGAAUUGGGUCACGGAGUGUUUGUACAGCAGUCGCCACAUAAGCGUAAAACAGAUGUUGAUCCCUGUGAAGUGUGGUGCAGUCAGCCGGUUGACGUAUUAAGAGAAUAUUGCAAUGUUAUUAAAAUACGCAUCUUUUGGCCUCUUCUCUUCAAAAGUGAAAGUAAUUAUGUGGUAGCUGAUUGGAGCAGUUCACAGCUUUUAGACCAGACUUGGAAGAGACUCUGUGAAUUAGAAGUUUUGGAAGAUCUUGUUGAUUUAAUAAAAAAAGUUGUUAACGUUCCACCUUUUAUCGGUGACAUCCUGCGAAUUGGCAGCAGAAUAGAAAACGGUGUCUUUGAUGUUGGGGAUGCACUUGAUUGGGUCAGGUACACGGGUGAUGUCGGUAUUCUGCAGCGGCUGGAGAAACUUGGUGAUUUUGGUUGGAUCUAUCUUGAGAUUUUCUUUGUUGAAUGCAAGCGUUAUAUUACCAAAGUUGCUUUGGAAGAUUGUAAUUUAGUUGAAGAAUUUAAAGGUGUGACCUGUGAGAACUGUAGGAAGAGCAGCGAAUCUAUGAAACAGAAAGGAAAUGAGGAAUUUUCCCAAGGAAACUUUGAUCAUGCUAUAAUGUCAUAUACUAAAGCCAUAGAGUUUUGUCCUGCAAAUCAUCUUCUGUAUGGAAACAGAGCUCUUUGUUUUAUUCUCACAAGGCAGUACAAGAGAGCCCUUGCUGAUGGAAAAAGAGCCACUAUUUUGAAGCCUAAUUGGCCAAAGGGCCACUACCAUUUCUGUAAGGCGCUGUCAUUGCUAGGGGAACACGAACUGGCUUUGGAAGCUAAUGAGAGAGCUCAGCAACUAUGCAAGAAUAUUCUUGAUGGACUUAAGGAUCUUAUUCAACAAAAUGAGAAGUUAAAGAAAACAUUAGAAAAAAUCCAUGGUAUUAAACAACAUAAACAGAAACCAAAGAAGUCACUUCUUGAGAAAAAGGACUGCAGUUCGUCAGAAUCUCAUUUAAUACACUCUCAAGAACAAACAGAAAAAGACAGAAAGAGAAAACAGUCUGAUCCUGAAGAUCAUCAUUGUCACCAAAACCAUGAUACCAGGGUGACUGACAUCCAAAGAACAGAAAUCAAAGAUUGGUCUCUGGAGUUUCCACAAAGCCAAAGUCACCAAAACAAAGGGAGGCCAGAAACCAAACCCGGUGACUCUAAAAAGACGAGAGAUCACCUUGAUCUGAAGAUAGAAACUAAAGCCAUCCAAGAUAAACUCUUCUGUACUGUGCAACAGGUGGAUUUAACCAUGUUGCCAGAAGAGGUUAAAUCCCUUGUUCAUUACGGUUAUACAGCCUUGAUGGACCAGCGGUGUCACAGUGCUGAACAAGCCUUUGCACAGUUGUUGAGCAUUCUAAAUCCUUCAGGAUUAAAGCAACUGAACCUGCAUAUUAUUAAUUAUGUUGUAAUCAUCUAUGGACAUGCCACUGCUCUUCUUGGAAUAGGACAGCCUGAGGCAUUGGCAAAGGCUGAAGACCAGUUUAAGAAAAUAAUCGAGCAGUACCAGGAGGAAAGAUUUGGUUGCUUGGCAUACUAUGGAAUUGGAAAAGUAUACCUCCGACAGAACAGAUUUUCAGAUGCGCUUGAUCAGUUCAUGAAAUCACAAACAAUGGUCAAUCACAGAAUUGUACCUGGAGUAUUAACUUGGCCCACAACAUCUCAGGUCAUUGAAGAGACACGAACAGAGAAUUUACAGUUGAUCUUAAAGAAUUGCAUUGAGGAAUGCAAGUUCCCUCCAGAACCAGAUGCAAUUUGUCGGUAUCGACAAUGCCAUGGCCACUCCAAAGUCCAAAUAUUUUUUACAGACCCAGACUUUAAGGGUUUUAUACGUAUUACUUGCUGUCAGCAAUGUAGAGUGGAGUUUCAUAUCAGCUGUUGGAAAAAGUUGAAAAUAGCUACCUACAGUGAUAAAAACGAUAAGGAUUUUCUUCAAGAACUGUGUUUCACUCCUGAUUGUACGGGCCUUAUUUCAAAAAUAGUUAUUUUCAGUUCUUCUGGUCUGGUGAAAUGUGAAUUUGAACAAAAAAUCAGGAAAACCAAGGAACCACCAAGAGCCAGUAUUAAACAGAAGUGUUCAAGUCUUAGGAAGUUAAAAAUGAAACAAGAAAAAAAAUUACGGAGAAAGCAUGCACGAGGAGAGGCACAAAUUUCUGCUAAAAAGGCAGUAGAAGAAAACCAGAUGGGAAAUGAACCAUUUCAAUACAGUGAUCACAGUGGGUAUGUUCAGGAUUUAUAUGCUGGUGACAGAGUCCUGCAGCACAUCCGUCGAAACGCCGAGCAGAUAAAAACAGCCGUUCGCGAUGCUUCCAAACUAUUAAAGGAAUUACUUUCAUGGUUUGUAAUCAGUGAGGAGGAUUACACAUCAUAUUGCAAAACCAGUAGCAUGUCACAUGAAGUGAUGGAGCAGCUCAUCAGUUACUUAAUUCAGGAAAAAAACAGAGUAAAAACAAGGGGGUUUAUCCACGUGCUGAGUGAACUGGAAGAGGUGGAUCCCAAGUUACACAAAUGGAUGAAACAUCUUAACAACUUAGGUCUGACAGCUACGAAGAACUUUAUUCUUCAAUAUGGGCAAUUUUUAAAAGAGCUUGACCUUUCUAUUUUAACCACGCUGUGGAAUGAGAAGUAUGGUAGUAAAUUUGACUAUGUGACAAGUAGUUCUGAAGACAAAGACAUUUGUGAUUAUUUCUUAAAACCACCCCUAGAGAAAACCCGUUGUUUUAUAUGGCUGCUAGAAGACAACAGAGAAAACUUUCCGUUUCUUCAUCAAGCUUUAGAUGAAUUCUUUGAUAAAAUGG